GAGCGUUCCAUUUCUCAUAGAUGAGCAGCUGCUAGGCAGGACUGUCUUGAAAGCAGAGAGACAGUGAGAGAGACCAUUUGGUGCCUGAACGCGAGCGAGGGAGGGGGAGAGAGAGACGCACACACUCAGCGUGAGCUUGUGGUUUAAGUAGACACUAACCGUGCGUUUAGGGAAACCCACAGUCUCAGCUCCCUGGGAUACAGGAGUUUCUGGCCCUGCUCUUUUUCCCCUUUUCAUUCUUUUAUUUUACUCCCUCCAUCCUUUCUCUUCUUCCUUUUGCCUACGGAAAGCGCUGGACCACUGUUUUCUCCCUGAAACACGCCGAGCCGGUAGUGGAGGCUGAUGCUGUGAUACUGCAGGAGAAACAUACAGGCUCUCAUUUGAUGCAGUGAAGUGCUCUGUGAGGAAAAUCGCAAGCAAAGGUUUGCCGGCCAUGGGGAACCUCAUUAAAGUCCUUGGCAAGGAUUUAGAGAACUGUCCUCAUUUUUUCCUGGAUUUUGAAAAUGCUCAGCCCACAGAGGCCGAGACAGCCGUGUAUAACCAGGUUAGUGCUGUGCUGGAAGAGGCCCAUGGGAUACUGGCAGAAUUACAGUCUUACAAUGGAGCAGGACAAGAAAUAAGAGAGGCGAUUCAGAACCCCAAUGACCUCCAGUUGCAGGAGAAAGCCUGGAAUGCAGUCUGCCCUCUUGUGGCCAAGCUCAAGAGAUUCUAUGAAUUUUCUCUCAGGCUAGAGAACGCCCUGCGGAGUCUAUUGGAGGCCCUAACAAGCCCACCCUACGCUCCCAUGCAGCAUCUGGAGAGAGAGCAGGCCCUCGCUAAACAGUUCGCAGAAAUCCUGCACUUCACUCUCAGCUUUGAUGAGCUUAAAAUGACAAAUCCAGCCAUACAGAAUGACUUCAGCUACUAUAGGAGGACCAUCAGCAGGAAUCGUCUGAACAACCAGCAGUUAGAAGCUGAGAAUGAAGUAAAUAAUGAAAUGGCCAAUCGGAUGUCGCUCUUCUACGCUGAAGCCACACCCAUGCUCAAAACCCUGAGCAAUGCCACGACUAAGUUUGUGUCGGAGAAUAAGACUUUGCCAAUCGAGGACACCACAGAUUGCCUGAGCACUAUGGCCUGUGUGUGCCGUGUCAUGCUGGAGACUCCGGAGUAUCGGUGCCGUUUCACUAACACAGACACCAUGCUGUUCUGCAUGCGUGUGAUGGUGGGCGUCAUCAUCCUUUAUGACCACGUUCAUCCAGUGGGUGCCUUUGCCAAGACCUCCAAGAUUGAUAUGAAGGGCUGCAUCAAGGUGUUGAAAGAGCAGCCUUCAAACAGCGUGGAGGGACUGUUGAAUGCACUGAGGUAUACAACAAGACAUUUAAAUGAUGACAGCACCUCUAAACAAAUCAGGGCUCUGCUUCAAUGAGAGCAGGAGGAGAGGGAGGAGGAACCACAGAGAAAGAGACUGUCAGAGAACAAGCGAUGGUGGCUGGCAAUCCUCUGAAACCUGUUUGUUUACAAGAGCAACUUGAUCUCAAAUUAAAUAAGAUAUUCUAGAAAAGAAAAAGGAAUACGAAAAUAAAUAUAUAUAUAUAGAGAGAUUGUUGAUGGUUCAUCACCGUGUGUCAUUUUAUAAAAGCAGGAAAAAUAGAGAUAUAUAUGUAUAUUGAAAUUCAUUACUUAAAACUA